AUGGGUCUGGGGGGCGGAGCCUGCGCUCACCGCCUGCAGGCCGGGGGCGGGGCCUCGUGCUCCCCCCGCUUGAGCUCCGCCUCCUGCCUGCACCGCCUGCAGCAGGGGGGCGGGGCCUGCGGCCGCUUAAGCUCCGCCUCCUGCCUGCACCGCCUGGGCUGCGGGGGCGGGGCUCGCCUCACCUCCCCCUGCUGCCACCGCAUGGUGGGCGGAGCCUCCUCGGCCACGCCCCCUCGCUCCCCCUCCCCCUUCGCCGCCACCCCCGCCGGCGUCACCUCGUCCCGCCUCUACCAGUACGCCCAGUACGGCCACCAGUACUCCUCCUCCUCCCAGUACAGCGCCUACCAGUACGCCCAGUACUCCCAGUACGCCUCCCAGUACUCCUCCUCCUCCUCCUCCUCCUCCUCCUCCUCCUCCUCCUCCCAAUACGCCCAAUACGGCGCCAACCAUUACAGCGCCAUGGCGGCGGCGGCCGCUCAAUACGCGGCGGCCGUUCAACAGCAGCAGCAGCAGCAGCAGCAGCAGCAGCAGCAGCAGGCGGUGAGCGACGCCUCGCAGUACAGCGCCUCCCAGUACGGCGCCGACGCCUCCCAGUACGGCACCGCGGCCGACGCCGGGGCUCAGUACGCGGCAUGGAGCGCCGACAGCGGCGCCGCCUGGGCCCAGGCCACCGCCAGCACUGCCAACAGCGGCACCGGCGCCGCCAGCACCGCGUGGGGGGCCUGGGUGUCCCCGGCUCCGUAG